AUGUCCUACCACAAGGUUAGUUUUGCACUCGUUUGAAAGAUUUCUGAACCUCAGAGUUAUCCAGCUGGUUGCCUAUCAACGCGAACAUUUUUUGACGGGGGCGACGCGCUCCAUUGAAAAUCGCAAACAGACGUUGACAACGGUGAAACAAAUGUUGGAGGAAAACGCGGAAGAAGUCAACGCCGCCAUUUAUGAAGAUCUCCAUAGAGUUUUCCGGCGAGACCGAGCAGUUCUAUUAUGGCCUUGCAGGUGAACGACGAAGCCGGAAGAGUCGCCGCGGAAGCUGUCGAGAUAAUCCAGCACCUAGAAGAGUGGAGUGCUCCGACCAAGGUGCGAAUGAUUCGAGGUGUUGAUGUGAAGGGCUGAUUGCAGACGGAAGCCUCUGCUCCGUUCAAUGCAGAAGAAGAUGUCGCCUACAUCGUCCGCGAACCCGUCGGAGUCGUUUUGGUCAUCUCUCCGUGGAACUUUCCUCUUACCUGCUCUUCCCCGGCCGUCGACGCACUCGCCAGUGGUGAUUUCUAUCACAGGAAGUCAUUUUCAAUCAAUAUUCGACAGGUAACACCGUUAUUCUGAAGCCUUCUGAACUGGCUCCGCAUUUCUCCAAAACAAUUGCUCGUCUAGUAGCGAAGUACUUUGAUCCGGUGACUAUAGGUCUACUGUUGAUAUAAUUCAAAAUGAUUUGCAGAAGGUUUUUGCUGUUGUUGAAGGAGCCGUUCCAGAAACAACUGAACUUCUACAAGAACGGUUUGACCACAUAAUGUACACAGGAAACCCGACGGUCGGCAAAAUAAUCAUGACCGCUGCCGCCAAAAAUCUCACGCCUGUCACACUUGAGCUCGGGGGUAAAAAGUAAGUUCGACUGCAGUUUGAAAAAAAGAGAAGAUUUUUUUGCAGUCCGGUUCUUGUCGAGUCGGAUGCGGAUCUUGAGGAUGCAGCCAAUAAAAUCGCUUUUUCGAAAAUGUAUAACUGUGGCCAAAUCUGCCUGUCUUCAGACUACGUAAUAUUUUGAGAGUGGAACCGAUGUCAUCUAAGAUCAGGUGUUAACAACAGCUGAAACAAAACCGAAAUUAGUCGAGGCCUUGGCCAAAGUUUACAAAGAAGCUUCGCCGCUCAAAGACAACAAAGGUUUUGCCAGAAUCAUCCACGAACGUCAUUUCGAGUGAGAAUAACUAGAACAAUCGGUGACUAAGAAAAUUGGUUCAGUCGUCUUUCCACGCUCCUUUCAAAAACCAAUGGAGAAUUGCUAUUCGAAGCCGAAGAAAGACAGAAUCGCGAAGAAAAGUUCCUGCCACCUCGGGUGUACGGUAUCAAGGAAGAUGACGCCCUCAUGAGCGAAGAGGUUCUUUUUUCUUCGAAUGGAGGCCGUCAAAGCCGUUUAAACCAAAGAUUUUCGGCCCCAUCCUGCCUAUAAUCACAGUCAAAGACUUUGACGAAUCCUUGAAGUUCGUCAAAACACACGAAAAACCUCUGGGUGCCUACAUUUUCACCAAAGAUCCGAAGAAGGUUUGAAGAAAACGAUGGAAUUUCGCUGAUCACAUGAUUUCAGAUUGAGCGCUUCAUCAAAGAAACUUCGAGUGGCGGUGUUACUGUCAAUGACGUCAUGAAGCACGCAUAUUGUGAUUUUGAGAUUUCAGGAUAAAAAAGAAAUGAUCAUUUUUCAGUGCCUCAUGCACCUUUCGGAGGCGUUGGAAAUAGUGGAACUGGAAAAUUGGGUCAUCGUUAUGGAUACAAUACUUUUACUCACGAGAAAACUGUCCUUCUACGCAAAAACGUCGACUUUCAUAUCUAA